AAAGUUCAUUCUCACUGGCAUUCCUCCAGACAAACGUUUGUGCCUGACAGCUUCCCCUGUGCAGCAUGAACCUACGAAUCCUUCCGGAGAGAGAGAAACAACAAAGACUGGAAUUGAGAGAAGAACCCUUGGAGAAGGGUGAUAAUAGAAGAGUAAAUAUGAUCUCCAAGCAAAGGGUGAUCCAAGUAACGUAUCUGAUUACAGCUGUGGACCUAACCUGCAUGUUCAUGCAGUUUGGGAUUGUUCCAUAUUUGUCAACAAGCCUGGGUUUGGAUGCCGUUGGGUUUGGCUACUUGCAAACGGCCUUUGGUGUUCUUCAGCUCCUGGGAGGUCCCAUUUUUGGGAGGUUUGCUGACCAGUUUGGAGCCAAGGCUGCCUUGACCGUCUCAUAUAUGGCUGGAUCGCUGUGCUUCUUGCUCCUGUCUAUGGCCACUAGCGUCCCACUGCUCUUUCUUUCCAGGGUUCCCUCGAUCUUCAUGCAUGGACUGCCAGGUGCUCAAAUGGUCAUAACCGAUUUGACUACUCCUGCUGAACAUGCUGAUGCUUUAGGAAAGCUUGGACUUUGCUUUGGAGUAGGAGUAAUUAUUGGAUCUUCCUUGGGUGGCACCUUAACCUCAACAUUUGGGGUUUACUUUCCUUGCUACGUUGCACUGACUGGAUGUCUGGUAUGUGCUCUGGCGGUCCUCAUCUUUAUUCCUACUCAGACAAAGCAACAGCUGAAAGGAGAUACCGCACACCAAAGUGUGUCUCAGACCACCAGUGUAUUUAGUCUCAAAGAAACGAUUCGCCUAAUGAAACUUCCAGGAGUAUUGGAUGUUUUUUUAAUCAAGGUACUUUCUGUACUUCCUACAGGUGUGUUCCUGAUCAUGUUUUCCAUCAUAUCUAUUGAUUUCUUUGGACUGGAAGCAGCGCAAGCUGGAUAUCUGAUGUCAUAUUGUGGAAUCCUUCAAAUGGUUAUACAAGGCCUAGUAAUUGGAAGAUUAACGAGUCACUAUUCAGAGUGGACUUUGCUCACGUUGAGUGUCAUUGUCUUGUGCGGAGUGGGCAUUGCUAUGGCCCUGAUGACCAACGUGUUUCAUUACUGCAUCAUUGUGCCCCCCAUGGUAUUCUCCUUCAGUACUGUAGGCAUCAUUACUGACAUCGUCCUGACCAAGUCUGUCCCUGCUUCAGACACUGGUGCCAUGCUGGGAAUAAGUUCAUCAGUUUCACCACUGACAAGAACAAUAGGCCCAACAAUUGGAGGAUUUUUAUACAGAAGAUUCGGGGUCUCGUCCUUUGGUUAUUUACAGCUGAUGGUUAAUAUACCUCUGUUUUUCUAUCUCCUGAGGAAAAGGUUCCCUCAGAAAGAAGGGAAAGUUCAGUAAUGAAUUCCAUUGAGAAGAUGUGUCGUAACUCUGUUUUAGAACUUUUAAUUGCCCUAUCUGACAAGAAGUAAACUAGUUUAAACCAGCUCCUUUGCACACUGCAAUGUACUGUAGUUAUGAUUGGGUAACUGUUGAUGUUGGAUCUGUUUGCAAAGCCUAAAAGGUUUUACAAACAUUCCGCACCAUUGAUUGUAAUCUCUGGGGAUCUAAGGUUCUGCAGAUAAAGUGUUCAUUCUUUAGAAAGCACAUGUGUUUCUGCCAGUCUCAAUUGUAAAAAAAA